AUGGACAAAGACGUUGAGAAGCUUUGUAGAGUUUGUCAUGGCUGCCAGGUCACUUCUGGAUUUGACCCCCCAGAGCCGAUGUCUCGCGUUUUUCCUCCAAGUGCCCCUUGGCAGGACUGUGGAGCAGAUCUACUUGGACCCCUACCCACAGGAGAGAGUAUUUUGGUGGUGGUCGAUUACUAUAGUCGAUUCUUAGAGGUUGCUAUAAUGAGGUCUACGACAAGUUCCAAGGUCAUCGAAGCACUUGCACCCAUGUUUGCAAAGUUCGGUUUUCCAUUCUCGCUAAGGACAGAUAAUGGCCCCCAAUUCGUGUCUGAAGAGUUUAAAGCCUUUUUACGUACGAAUGGUAUCGAACACCGGAAAACGACUCCAUUGUGGGCACAAGCCAAUGGAGAGGUAGAACGCCAGAAUCGCUCAUUAUUGAAAUGCACACAGAUCGCACAUUUGAAAGGAAGGAACUGGAGAACUGAGUUCCUAGUAUGGUUGACGGCGUACAGAUCCACUCCGCAAACGACGACAGGGACUACACCCUGUUAUAUGAUGUUUGGUCGCGAAAUGAGAUCUAAGCUGCCAGAGCUAGAGAGAGAGACAGUUGGCGUGCCAGGUGAGGAAGCGCAAGAGCGAGAUUGGUUAAGUAAAUUAAAGGGAAAAGCUUACGCUGACCUUAAGAGGGGUGCCACGUCCAAAAGCAUAAGUGUUGGCGACACGGUUCUUGUGAAAACAGAGAAAACCAACAAGCUGUCUACCAACUUUAACCCUGAUCCCUUUAAGGUUGUUCCUAAGACGGGGUCAGAGGUAACGCCUAGGAAAGAGACUGGCAUUGAACUGAAAAGAAACACUGUGUUUGUAAAGAAGUAUAACGAGCACGGAGAUUUAUCCAAUGGCAACGAAAACCAAGUGGUACAGGCAGGUUCUGCAGUAGGGGUGGAUGACCCAGGGGCAAGCAAAAUUUCAGAGACGACAGUCGUACCGAUGCCAAAAGAGAUUCCUGGAACGUGUGAAGAUUCUCAAGAACAACCUAGGCAUUUCCCAGACAAUGAAAAUACCGGAGUGGAAAGGUCUGUUCGGAGGUCGACCCGGACUGUAAGACCGCCCGAUCGUUAUAAAGCCAUAUAA